UCAAGAAAUGUGCACACGGCUCUAGAUUAUACUCCUAAUAUAAAAUAGGCGUGCAAUAUUCCAGUCAGCGUACAGUAAACAGUGAAAAACCGGUCAGUGUUUUAAAAGCUUUCGAAGUAACCAAAACAUUAUACAGUUAUCAUGAGUCAAGCCGAAGGAGCCUGCUGCAGGAAGGAGCAAGUCAGCUGCAAAUGCUCAGAUUCCGGCAAAUGCGGCCAAAGUUGCAAAUGUGACAACUGCAUAUGUUGCUCAACCGAGAAGAACUGUUGCAGCACUAAUUGCAUAUGCUGCAAGUCCGAUGACGCUUGCUCCAAGAAACCGGGGGACGCUUGCUGCGAGAAGACUGAUGAUGCUCGCUGCAUUUGCAAAUGCACUAAUUGCAUAUGCUGCAAGUCCGAUGACGCUUGCUGCAAGAAACCGGAGGACGCUUGCUGCAAGAAGACUGAUGAUGCUUGCUGCAUUUGCGAAUGCACUAAUUGCAUAUGCUGCAAGUCCGAUGAUGCCGGCUGCAAGGAACCGGACGACGCUUGCUGCAAGAAGCUUGAUUAUGCUUGCUGCAUUUGUAAAUGCACUAAUUGCAUAUGCUGCAAGUCCGAUGACGCUUGCUCCAAGAAACCGGGGGACGCUUGCUGCGAGAAGACUGAUGAUGCUCGCUGCAUUUGCAAAUGCACUAAUUGCAUAUGCUGCAAGUCCGAUGACGCUUGCUGCAAGAAACCGGAGGACGCUUGCUGCAAGAAGACUGAUGAUGCUUGCUGCAUUUGCGAAUGCACUAAUUGCAUAUGCUGCAAGUCCGAUGAUGCCGGCUGCAAGGAACCGGACGACGCUUGCUGCAAGAAGCUUGAUUAUGCUUGCUGCAUUUGUAAAUGCACUAAUUGCAUAUGCUGCAAGUCCGAUGACGCUUGCUCCAAGAAACCGGGGGACGCUUGCUGCGAGAAGACUGAUGAUGCUCGCUGCAUUUGCAAAUGCACUAAUUGCAUAUGCUGCAAGUCCGAUGACGCUUGCUGCAAGAAACCGGAGGACGCUUGCUGCAAGAAGACUGAUGAUGCUUGCUGCAUUUGCGAAUGCACUAAUUGCAUAUGCUGCAAGUCCGAUGACGCCGGCUGCAAGGAACCGGACGACGCUUGCUGCAAGAAGCUUGAUUAUGCUUGCUGCAUUUGUAAAUGCACUAAUUGCAUAUGCUGCAAGUCCGAUGAUGCUUCCUGUGAGAAACCAGAGAACGCUUGCUGCAAGAAGACUGAUGAUGCUCGCUGCAUUUGCAAAUGCACUAGUUGCAUAUGCUGCAAGUCCGAUGGCGCUUGCUGCAAGAAACCGGAGGACGCUCGUUGCAAGAAGACUGAUGAUGCUUGCUGCAUUUGCGAAUGCACUAAUUGCAUAUGCUGCAAGACCGAUGACGCCUGCAGCAAGGAAUCGGACGAUGCUGGCUGCAAGAAGACUGAUGAAGCUUGCUGCAUUUGCAAAUGCACUAAUUGCAUAUGCAGCAAGACCGAUGACGCCUGCAGCAAGGAAUCGGACGAUGCUGGCUGCAAGAAGACUGAUGAAGCUUGCUGCAUUUGCAAAUGCACUAAUUGCAUAUGCUGCAAGUCCGAUGACGCUUGCUCCAAGAAACCGGGGGACGCUUGCUGCGAGAAGACUGAUGAUGCUCGCUGCAUUUGCGAAUGCACUAAUUGCAUAUGCUGCAAGUCCGAUGACGCCGGCUGCAAGGAACCGGACGACGCUUGCUGCAAGAAGCUUGAUUAUGCUUGCUGCAUUUGUAAAUGCACUAAUUGCAUAUGCUGCAAGUCCGAUGAUGCUUCCUGUGAGAAACCAGAGAACGCUUGCUGCAAGAAGACUGAUGAUGCUCGCUGCAUUUGCAAAUGCACUAGUUGCAUAUGCUGCAAGUCCGAUGGCGCUUGCUGCAAGAAACCGGAGGACGCUCGUUGCAAGAAGACUGAUGAUGCUUGCUGCAUUUGCGAAUGCACUAAUUGCAUAUGCUGCAAGACCGAUGACGCCUGCAGCAAGGAAUCGGACGAUGCUGGCUGCAAGAAGACUGAUGAAGCUUGCUGCAUUUGCAAAUGCACUAAUUGCAUAUGCUGCAAGACCGAUGACGCCUGCAGCAAGGAAUCGGACGAUGCUGGCUGCAAGAAGACUGAUGAAGCUUGCUGCAUUUGCAAAUGCACUAAUUGCAUAUGCUGCAAGUCCGAUGACGCUUGCUCCAAGAAACCGGGGGACGCUUGCUGCGAGAAGACUGAUGAUGCUUGCUGCAUUUGUAAAUGCACUAAUUGCAUAUGCUGCAAGUCCGAUGAUGCUUCCUGUGAGAAACCAGAGAACGCUUGCUGCAAGAAGACUGAUGAUGCUCGCUGCAUUUGCAAAUGCACUAGUUGCAUAUGCUGCAAGUCCGAUGGCGCUUGCUGCAAGAAACCGGAGGACGCUCGUUGCAAGAAGACUGAUGAUGCUUGCUGCAUUUGCGAAUGCACUAAUUGCAUAUGCUGCAAGACCGAUGACGCCUGCAGCAAGGAAUCGGACAAUGCUGGCUGCAAGAAGACUGAUGAAGCUUGCUGCAUUUGCAAAUGCACUAAUUGCAUAUGCUGCAAGACCGAUGACGCCUGCAGCAAGGAAUCGGACGAUGCUGGCUGCAAGAAGACUGAUGAAGCUUGCUGCAUUUGCAAAUGCACUAAUUGCAUAUGCUGCAAGUCCGAUGACGCUUGCUACAAGGAAAUGGACGACGCUUGCUGCAAAAAGACGGACGUUGCUUGCUGCUAG